UACCUGGUGUUUAGCUCCCAUUCCCCAGGACUUCGGAUUCGGUUAGGCUACUCGCUCGCCCUCAGUCGCCUCGCCGAGCUAGGUCCCUGGUGAACGAGCGUUUGUGGCGGUUGACUCUGAUGGCGGCCCAUGGGCAGGAAAUGUAGACAUCCAAGGUGGUGGUAGAGCUCGGGUCUGUUGACCAGUGUCUGUCUCCAGCGUUGAUGCUGGUCAAGGAGGAAUGAAAGGAGGAUCUUAUUUAACUCGGUUGUUCUCCUUAGUCCAUGGCUAUGAGAUUCUUUGGGUAGCUGGUUGCUUCUUUUUGUUUUUACUUUAUUUGCUUUUUAUUUAUUUACUUGUUCAUUUCUGCGGGUCUGAGGAUUGAACCAAGGACUUUACAUUUCCCUCUCUACCACAGAGAGACAGGGUCUCUCUGGCCUUGAACUUGUAGCCUUCCUGCCACUAGAGUACCUGAGAUGAUAGGCAUGGACUUGUGUCUUUAAACCCCAGGUCACCCACUGAUCUAAAACUGAAGCGUCUGAGGCACUUACAUGCUCAUACUUGGAGGCUUCAACCACAGUUCCUGGUUCAGAGCUGAGGAAGCAUGAGUCACUUACAAAACUUACUGUUAGACACCUUGCUGGGGACAAAGCAUGUGGACAGUGCCGCCCUCAUCAAACUCCAGGAAAGGAGCCUGUGUGUGACAUCACCGGGAUUUAGUGUAAUGCCAAGUGAUGUUCGAACACUUGUGAAUGGAUUUGCCAAAAACCCACUGCUAACCCGAAGGGAAGGCUUGUACUUCAAGGAAAAGGAUUACAAAUGUGUCCGGGCGGAUGACUAUUCUCUUUAUGCUAAGAAUGAGAACACUGGUGUGGUUGUUGUGAAGACCCAUCUGUAUCUUCUGGUGGCCACUUACACUGCAGGCAUGUAUCCUAGCGUCUGCGUGGAGGCCACAGAGAAGCUGGGAGACUACCUAAGAAAGAAAGGAAACUAAACCUUCAGACAACU